AAGGGCAUGUUCCGCACCGUCUCGCAGCUGUACAAGGACCAGCUGUCGAAGUUGAUGAACACGCUGCGCAACACCAAUCCCAACUUUGUGCGAUGCAUCAUUCCGAACCACGAGAAGAAGGCGGGCAAGAUUGACGCGCCGCUGGUGCUCGACCAGCUGCGCUGCAACGGCGUCCUCGAGGGCAUUCGCAUCUGCCGCCAGGGCUUUCCGAAUCGCAUUCAAUUUCAGGAGUUCAAGCAGCGAUACGAGCUGCUGACGCCGAACGUCAUUCCGAAGGGCUUCAUGGACGGGAAGCUCGCCUGCGAGAAGAUGAUCGCCGCGCUGGACCUCGACCCGAACCUCUACCGCAUCGGCCAGAGCAAGAUCUUCUUCCGCGCCGGGGUGCUCGCCCAGCUGGAGGAGGAGCGCGACAUGAAGAUCUCCGACCUGAUUGUCAACUUCCAGGCGUGCUGCCGGGGGCUGAUCGCCCGCCGCAACUACCACAAGCGCCUGCAGCAGCUGAACGCCAUUCGCAUCAUUCAGCGCAACUGCGCCGCCUACCUCAAGCUGCGCAACUGGAGCUGGUGGCGGCUGUACACGAAGGUGAAGCCCCUGCUGGAGGUGACCAAGCACGAGGACAAGCUGCUGGAGAAGGAGAAUGAGAUUCGCCACAUGAAGGACGCCCAGGCGCGCGUCCAGGUGGAGAUUGGCGAGCUGGAGAAGAAGCUGCAGAGCAUGGUCAAUGAGAAGAGCGACCUGGAGAUGCAGCUGCAGGCGGAAAGCGAGCUGGCCAGCGAGGCGGAGGAGGCCCGCAUGCGACUGCACACGCGCAAGGUGGAACUGGAGGACAUGAUCCACGAGCUGCAGAUGCGCCUCGAGGAGGAGGUCCAGUCGACGGCGACGCUGACGGCGGAGAAGAAGCGGCUGCAGGAGGCCGUCCAGGACCUGGAGGAGCAGGUGGAGGAGGAGGAGUCGCAGCGGCAGAAGCUGCAGAUUGAGAAGAGCAACCUGGAGUCGAAGAUGAAGAAGGUGCAGGAGGACAGCGCCGUGCUGGAGGACAGCAACGCCAAGCUGACCAAGGAGAAGAAGAUGCUGGAGGAGCGCCUCCAGGAGGUGACCAAGAGCAUCAGCGAGGAGGAGGACAAGGCGAAGCAGCUGGCGAAGCUGAAGCACAAGAACGAGGGCACCAUCGUCGAGCUGGAGGAGCGCCUGAAGAAGGAGACGGAGGCCAAGAAUGAGCUUGAGCGCACGAAGCGCCGCGUGGAGACCGAACUAAACGACACCCGCGAGCAGCUGAACGAGAAGGCCGCCCAGCUGGAGGACCUGCAGAACCAGAUGAGCAAGAAGGAGGCGGAACUGAGUCAGACGCUGAUGCGCUGCGACGAGGAGGCGGCGGCGCGGGCGGCCGCCUCGAAGGCCCUCCGCGAGCUGGAGUCGCAGCUGGCCGAGGCUCAUGAGGACAUGGAGUCGGAGCGGGCGGCGCGCGCCAAGGCGGAGAAGCAGAAGCGCGACCUCAAUGAGGAGCUGGAGGCGCUGAAGAACGAGCUGAUGGACUCGCUGGACGUCACCGCCGCUCAGCACGACCUGACGGUGAAGCGCGAGCAGGAGAUGGACCGACUGCGCCGCAGCCUCGAGGAGGAGUCUAGUCAGCACGAGACGACCAUCCAGGAUCUGCGCGCGAAGCAGGCGAAGGCCAGCGAGGAGCUCAACGAGACCAUCGACGGCCUGAAGAAGGCCAAGGCGGCGCUGGAGAAGGCGAAGACGGCCCUGGAGACGGAGAAUGGGCUGAUGGCGACGGAGCUGGCCACGCUGACCAGCAGCCGCGCGGAGACGGAACGUCGCCGGAAGCAGCUCGAGUCGACGGUGGCCGAGCUGACGGCCCGCUUUGCACAGGCGGAGGCGCAGCGCAAUGAGCUCCUGGAGAAGGCCAGCAAGCAGCAGGCGGAGCUGGAGGCAUCGAUCGUCAACUGCGAGGAGGCCGAUCGCCGGGCGAGUCAGGCGGAGAAGAACAACAACACCCUCAAUGCCCAGCUGACGGAGGUGCACGAGCUGCUGCAGGAGGAGACGAAGCAGAAGCUGUCGCUCAACUCACGCCUCCGCCAGGUGGAGAGCGAGCGGGACGCCCUGCAGGAGGCCAUCGAGGAGGAGGAGAACGUGAAGAAGGGACUGGAGGCGAAGCUCGGCCAGCUGCAGGCGACCAUCGCCGAGCUGAAGAAGAAGGUGGAGGAGGACGUCGAGCUGCUGACGAUCAGCGAGGAGAACCGCAAGAAGGCGGCCAAGGAGCUGGAGGUGGUCCUUCACCAGCUGAAGGAGUCCCGGGCCGCCGUCGACAAGCUGGAGAAGUCGAAGAAGAAGCUGCAAAGUGAGGUGGACGACCUGACGAUCGAACUGGACAACCAGCGCUCCAAGGUGAGCGAGCUGGAGAAGAAGCAGAAGAAGUUCGACUCGAUGAUCCAGGAGGAGAAGGAGACCUCGGCGAAGAUUGCCGCCGCGCUGGACAAUGCCGAGCGGGAGAUGCGCGAGAAGGAGACGCGCAUUCUGUCGCUCAAUCGCGAGCUGGAGGAGACGGACGCGAUGUUCGAGGAGAGCGAGCGCCAGCGGAAGCUGGCGCAGACGGAGCUCGACGAGCUGGUGAACAACCAGGACUCGGCGCACAAGAACUACCACGAGCUGGAGAGGGCUAAGCGGACGCUGGAAAACACGGUCGCCGAGCAGAAGGCGCAGAUUGAGGAGCUGGAGGACGAGCUGAUGGUCUGCGAGGACGCCAAGCUGAGGUUCGAGGUGAAUGCGCAGGCGAUGAAGGCGCAGUUUGAGCGCGAGUCGAAGGACAAGGAGGAGGCGGCGGAGGAGAAGCGUCGUGCUCUGACCAAGCGCAUUCGCGACCUCGAGGUGGAGCUGGAGGACGAGCGGAAGCAGAAGCAGACGGCCGUCACCAAUAAGAAGAAGCAGCUGGAGGGGAAGAUUGUCCAGCUGGAGGAACAGCUGGACAUUGAGACGAAGGAGAAGCAGUUUGCGCAGAAAGCGGUGCGGAAGAUUGAGAAGCGCGUCAAGGACCUGCUGCAGCAGCUGGAGGACGAGAAGCGAACCUCGGAGCAGAAUGCCGCCAAGGCGGACAAACUGGCCUCCCGGCAGAAGACGCUGAAGAGUCAGCUGGACGAGGUGGACGAUGAGCUCAGUCGGGAGAAGUCCAAUCGUCGGAAGGCGCAGCGGGAGCUGGAGGACGCCCUGGAGGCGAAUGAGUCGCUGCUGAAGGAGAUUGAGAUUCUCAAGAAUAAGCUGCG